CCAUUUGUAGUGGUAAACACCAACUGAAGUGACUAUUGAUAGUCCGUGCUAAAAGGCAUUUCAGAUAGUCACCUGCUGAACGGUUUUUCCGAUGCCGAGACAUUCACCUCUCCCCAGCCAUUUCCCAAAUCUGAUCGGUGCGGCGGGCGGGCGGGCCGACCUCCCCCAUCAGCUCCCUGUCGGUAUGUGCCUGCGCCGCCGGCGGGCCGGGCGUGCGUCGUUCCCGACGACUGUCCGUCGACGGGCCCGCGCAGACGCCGACGGGGAGGCGGCGGCGACGGUCGGGCGACCGGUCAGCUCUCGAGCUGUUGUGAUCCAGACGGCGGCGGUGGCGGAGGCGCGCCCCGAGGGUCGUCAGGGUCAAGGUUAGCUGGCGCCCCAAGGCACGUUCCGUCAGCCUUGGGACCCAGAGGACUUCGAAAUCAGCUUGUACUUCGAGAGGCGUGACACAAGAUUUAACACAAAGGAAACUGAAGAUGGCGCUGCUCUAUCGUUUCGUCAAGGUCAACGACCGCGGCAACACGCGAGUCUUCUCGUUCGUAGUCACCAAGACUGUGACGAGGGACCUGCACCGUGACGUCACCACUAAGGAGUUCCCCUACGGCUUCCACCGGUGGGCCGUCACCUUCAGUCGCAACGAGAAGCUCCUCGGAGUCUACCUCGUAUGGCGCAGUCCCUCAGAGCAUAUGCGGCUCUACAUCGACUUUGCUUUCUCACUUCUGAACCGUGAUCACUUCAGUGGUAACGAAAGCUUCAGCGGUAAACAGAUCAAGUUUUCAAAGGAAUCGCCUGCUCAGGGCAAUCGCAAGUUCAUCAACGUGGGUAGCUUGUACGAGCGUAAGUUCACGGACUCUAACGGUGAAUUUCAGCUGGAGCUGACCAUGACAAACGUUCGAACUGUGUUCGAGGCCGACCUCACCGUACCGCGGCCACUCAAAGAUGACUCGCGGCUCGAGACGAGCAACUUCACCUUCGGCAACUUCGACUGGAGUGUGACCGUCCAGCGCUCACCGGAGGAGCCUCAGAGGGCGUUCGCCGCUCUCCGGCGACUCACCGGCUUCGAGCACAAGUGCCGCGUGCGGUACAACCUGACUCUGGGGGACGGUGAGGGGGCUGCUAUCUCUGGAAUCCUGGAGGAAGUGAGUGACAGGGAGGGUCGCGGUCCAGGCUGGUCGCCGCGCAACUCGCUGGACGAUUUGUGCCCGGGCGGACGGCUAAAGGUGAUCUGUGAAAUGUUGGCGGCUAACACGGUCAGUGAACUCGCCGUGGGGACGGUCGGAGGACCAAUGGCCGCCUCCUGUUACGACCGCGAUCGCCAGGGCUGGUCCAUCGAGACGGAUACCAACGGCGACUUCCUGAGGCUAAAGGUCGUCUACAAGGACAUCCACAACAUACCCCGGAACCACAUCAAGCACUCUGAAUGGAAUCUGUUCAUCAUUCGGCGGCAUCCCAAAGGCGGCUACAUGAGCCCCAGCCUCGUGGCGCGGGGACCCUUCUGUAACUACUACGUCCACGAAAACCACGACGAGGGCAUCAUGGUCGAAACUGACGUACCGGUAAAAGAGCUGCACUCUCCGGGCAGUCUGUUCGUCGACGACCGUCACCAGGUGCUGGUGCAGCUCGAGUGGCUGGAGACGGUGCUGCUCUUCCAGUCGACCUACCACAAGUACGACGACAUUAGCAGGGUACACAACUUCCAGAUGAGGCGAGAAAUCAGCGCCCUGCAGGCGGAAAACUACAGCCUGGAGCGGCAGCUGUUCAGCUACCAGAAGUCGAUCGCGUUCGCCAGCUCCCGGGGCACCUACUCGGACGAGUUGGUGUCACCCGACUCACACGCCCACUUCCCCGACACGGCUGAAGGAGCCGGCAGGAACGGCGUCGAGCACGCGCCGCACGGCUAUGCCGAGCGCUGCUUUGACGACGGCGAUUAUAACGCCUGACGAACACUGGCGGCUGGUGACGGGGGUGGUGACGGGGGUGGGAGCGCCGUGCGAUGGGACGCAGGACGCAGUGGACCCGGUGAAGGCAGGGUCGAGGGCAGAGCGAGUGAGAUCAGAGGCACGGCAGUGGCCGACCGUGGCGCUGUCGGGUAUGGUGUCGAGAGCGACCCCUCGCGAUGGGCUCCGACGACGGGCGGCGGCGCCACCGGCGGUCGUGAGAGACAGACCUCACCGUACAGGGGUGGGGACGACAGGCAGGCUCUGUCAGUCGAACACGGUGCUAUGGUGGACAGACUCAGUCCGAGGGCGGACCGGAGGGCAUCGGAGCUGGACAGAGGACCGGGUGCCGACGGCCGACCUCUUCCGGUGGACAGUCGUCUCAUGAUGGCGGAGGAUCCGUCUCUUCUGGUGGAGGGCUCUCCACUACAGGCGGAUGGACGCUCUUAUCAGCCAGACGGCCGUCUUCUACCGACAGACGGGCGUCUCUUACCAGGAGACGGUCGUCUCCCUCCGGCUGACGGUCGACUUCUGUCAACAAACGAUCGUCUUCUACUGGUAGACGGUCGCGCCCAGCCCCUGGCUCGCCGUGGCACCGUGCAUGCCCCGUCUGGCCAUCGCACUGCCGGUGAAACAUCUCCACACGGCCAGAGACUAGCCCGGGGCUCCUCUGCGGAGGUGACACCUCGCCUCAGGGCCGACCUGAGGGGCGUGUCACUUGAGGGGCGCAGUAGAGACGCCUGGUGGCGAGAGCCGUCACUACAUCGGCUGCCGUAAGGCGAGGCGGUUAUACCGGGGAGACUGUUGAGGGACUUGUUUCGUGCCCGUGCGGUGGAGCCAUGAGAUGCUGCCAGCGUAGGCAUACUCGUGCGUGUUUUGGUGACCACCAGGAGGUAAAUAAACUCCAACAAGCUCUCUGGACUCACACGUUUUCACAUCAAUCUAUAUGGUAUUGAACUGGAACGUGCAUCGAAUACAGUUCAAGUGUGUGAGGAUGUAUCUGAUGAUCGUUUCGACGUGUCUAGAGAUAUCUUUCUUACUGAAUGUAGAGUUGCAGUUUGACCAAGUGUUACGGAUUUCCUGGUCGAUUCCGCUUGCUGACGUGACAGAGUGCGUUUUGCUGUCUGCUAGUGAAGUGUAAAUCACUGCUUGAAUGAAACUAUUGGGAGAUGUUUGGCUUAUGGAUGAUGACUGAUGAGUGACUACGUUAUGCCGAUCUCGUGCGAUUGAUGGAUAUCAGUGUUGACAACGAAAGAAUCUGUAAAAGGCUGGGUCUGGGUGUGACGAAAUUUGGGCGCUUUAUCUGUGUUCGAUCUCAUAUAAAUACGAAACUGUGAAACGUGUUAAAUCUAUUGUAGCCUAUAAUCCCAUUGUGAUCGUACAUUCCGAAUCGUCUCACCACUCAAUGCUUGAGGUCUAUGACAGCACUGGGCAUUUUUGACUUAACGUGAACCUCGCAUCGUAAAUAAAGCGCAUGCGGAUGAUAUGCUGA